AACAUGUCCCGACGACUUUAUGCUCACAGAACAGACAGUGUGGACAACAGUGUGUGGGUUGAAUUCGCACAGCUGGCAGCCGACUACAAAGCAGUGAACCUUGGACAGGGAUUUCCUGACUUCUCCCCUCCCAAGUUUAUCCAGGAUGCAUUUAGUGAAGCUGUGAGUGGAGGACCCCAAAUGCACCAGUAUACCCGACCUUUUGGCCAUCUCCCUCUGGUGAAAAGUCUUGCUAAGUUCUUCGGUAGGAUUGUGGGACGUGAGAUUGACCCUCUUGAAGACAUCAUGGUCACAGUUGGAGCUUAUCAGGCUCUCUUCUGUGCAUUUCAGGCUCUGAUUGAUGAAGGGGAUGAGGUCAUAAUUAUCGAGCCGUUCUUCGACUGCUAUCAGCCAAUGGUGAAGAUGGCCGGGGGGACGGCAGUCUAUGUACCUCUGAGGCCAAAAGUUGAGGGAAGCACCGUCCUGUCAAGUGCAGACUGGGUUCUUUCUGCUGAAGAGCUGGCCAGUAAAUUCACUCCACGCACAAAAGCCAUCGUUAUCAACACUCCCAAUAACCCACUGGGCAAGGUUUACAAGACUGAAGAGCUCCAAAUGAUUGCUGAUCUGUGUAUCAAACAUGAUGCGCUGUGCAUCAGUGAUGAGGUGUACGAGUGGCUGACUUAUGAUGGAAACAAGCAUGUUAAGAUAGCCAGCCUUCCUGGCAUGUGGGAACGAACCAUCACUAUUGGCAGUGCAGGAAAGACCUUCAGUGCAACUGGCUGGAAGAUCGGCUGGACUAUUAGCUCAGAGCAAAACAUCAAACGUCUGAAAGCCAUGCAUCAGAUGUCUGUUUUUGAUUGUGCAACCACUGUUCAGGAGGCAAUCGCUCGUGGAUUUGAGAGAGAAUACGAGCUGUUUGGGACUCCAGAGAGUUACUUCCAGCAGCUGCCUGCAUUGUUGCACCAGAAAAGAAACAGGCUGGCCUCGUGCCUGGAGAGUGUGGGUUUGCAGCCCAUCAUGCCAGAGGGAGGCUAUUUUCUGAUCGCAGACAUCUCCUCUGUCAAGGUGGACUUUAAUGACUCCAUGAGCGCUGGGGAUGAACCCUAUGACUUCAGAUUUGUUAAAUGGCUAACUAAAGAAAAGGGUUUAGCAACAAUCCCAGUCUCUGCAUUCUACAGUCCAGAGCACCGACAGGAGUUUGACAAAUACAUCCGAUUCUGUUUUGUCAAGGAGGACUCCACUCUGGAUGCAGCUGAGGAUAUCUUGAGAAAAUUAAGUCAAGGACAGUAAAAAGUGUUUAGCACACACCCAGGUCAUGGGAAUCUUAAGAGCUAUAACGUAGGCAACUGAACUUGCUUGAGUUUCUUGAAGAUGUUUCACCUCUCCUCCAAGAGGCUUCUUUAGUUCCAGUUUU